CAGGCUGCGAGCCGAGCCCAGACCCCGGGCUGCGAGCCCCGACCCCCGGACCCCGACCCCAGCGCGGAGCCGGCGGCCUCCAGCGCCAGCGGAGCCCGGAGCGCAGCCCCUCCCUGCGCUGGGGUGUCGGGGUGACCCGGUCACCGGGGUCGGGCUGCGGGCUGGGAGCCGGGGGUGGGCUCUGAGGACCUGCAUUUUCUCACGUUUGCAGCACCGAAACUUAUGGGGUGAUGUGAGCAGAGCCCAGGAAUGCCUUAUGUGGAUCGCCAGAACCGAAUCUGUGGGUUCCUGGACAUCGAGGAAAAUGAGAGCAGCGGCAGGUUCUUGCGGAGGUACUUCAUUCUGGACACCCAGGCCAACUGCCUCCUCUGGUACAUGGACAACCCCCAGAACCUGGCGGUUGGGGCAGGAGCUGUUGGAUCUUUGCAGCUGACUUACAUCUCGAAGGUGAGCAUAGCUAACCCAAAGCAGAAACCCAGAACUCCAUUCUGUUUCGUUAUCAAUGCCCUGUCUCAGAGAUAUUUUCUUCAAGCCAAUGACCAGAAAGAUCUGAAGGAUUGGGUUGAAGCCCUGAACCAAGCCAGCAAGAUCACUGUGCCUAAGGCUGGGACUCUACCCCUGACCACCGAAGUUCUCAAAAGCCUAGCAGCUCCUCCUGCCUUUGAGAAGAAGCCACAGGUGGCCUACAAAACUGAGAUCGUUGGAGGGGUAGUGGUACACACACCCAUCAGCCAGAAUGGUGGGGACGGGCACGAAGGGAGCGAGCCAGGGUCCCAUGCCAUCCUGCGAAGGUCUCAGAGCUACAUCCCCACAUCAGGCUGCCGUGCUUCCACCGGGCCUCCCCUCAUUAAGAGCGGCUACUGUGUGAAGCAAGGGAACGUGCGCAAGAGCUGGAAGCGGCGCUUCUUUGUCCUUGAUGACUUUACCAUCUGCUACUUCAAGUGUGAGCAGGACAGAGAACCUCUGCGUACCAUACUUCUCAAGGAUGUUCUCAAGACACAUGAGUGCCUGGUCAAGUCUGGUGAUCUCUUAAUGAGGGACAACCUGUUUGAAAUCAUAACCAGCUCCAGGACAUUCUACAUACAGGCAGACAGCCCUGAAGACAUGCACAGCUGGAUUAAGGAGAUUGGGGCAGCUGUCCAGGCCCUCAAGUGCCACCCCAGAGAAGCAUCCUUUUCUAGAUCCAUUUCUUUGACUCGACCUGGAAGCUCCAGCCUUGCAAGUGGGCCUAACUCUGUCUUGUCCAGGAGGCAGCCACCAGUGGAAGAAAAGAAAGCCCUGUGCAAGGCCCCUUCUGUGGCCUCCUCCUGGCAGCCCUGGACACCUGUCCCCCAGGCGGGGGAAAAGCUGCUUCCAGCAGAGGAGGCUCCACAGGACUCUUUGUUCAUGCCUGGGGGGGGCAAUGCCACAGGGGUGCUGGCGAGUUCCCGUGUGCGGCACAGAUCGGAGCCCCAACACCCCAAGGAGAAGCCAUUUGUGUUCAACCUUGAUGAUGAAAACAUCCGGACCUCUGAUGUGUGAUGGACAGUGUCAUGGCAGGCAGGAGGAAGGGACCAUGCCUCAGAGUCUCAGCCUUGGUGGACAGAGGCCAAUGGCACUCACAGUGGGUAUGGCCCAUCCAGCUGGCUUUGGAUUUUGGUAUUAUUGAUGCAGUGUAUGUAAUUUGAGAAAGUCGAUAGGUUAGACCCACAGGUGUGCUCCACUGUCCCUUGAAUGCUCCCAGGGUCUUCUGGUGAAGAAUUAGUUUUAAGCCGCUGUAUAAUUUCCUUGUGUUUUUCUUUUCUUGGUUUUGUUUUCAGUCUGCAUACACACUCUCAGACCCAGAGCCGGUUUCAUUUGCCCCCUAUUUACUGGCUGAAGUCUGGGGUACAGGCCGUUGGUUGUCAACCCAACUGAAAGGCAUCAGGGUACAGGAGACCUAGGUUCCAGGAUCCAUUCUGAGAGGUAGUGUUAGAAUCUAGGGGAGGUGGACGUUGAACCUCACAAUGUCUACCAAGGUAGCUCCCCCAGGAGCGCCCCUAGGGGAAGAGACAGGAUCUCUUAUGACUCAUGAAGGAUAAUUCAGCUGCCACAGCCAUAGCCACUUGUGGGAAUUACUCUGGCCUUUUGAUUCUUUGGGACCCCAAAUGCUGUAGAUGUCAGUGACAGAUCCACUAGUUCAGUUUUUGUGUCAGGCUCUGAGGAUGGGGUUAUCAAAGUUAAAUGUUAGGACAGUGGAGACCAGUCAGACAUUUCCCUCGAAACCACGUUAUUUGAGUGUGUGGGGAUGGUGUGUGUACAAUGAUUCAUGUAUGUGUGUGUGUGUGUGUGUGUGAGAGAGAGAGAGAGAGAGAGAGAGAGAUAGAGAGAGAGUCUCUGAGAGGCAGGGGCUGAGAAGAGAUGGGUGAUAGUUUAUCCCCACUAAGCUUCUUUGGUCCAUGUUUUCUAGCCUGAAGAAAGGCUCUGUUUUGGCAAAUCCAAUCUUACAGCUGUUUUGUUUGUCUAAUUGUUAAGGGCAGUGCAUCUGCACCCUGGCUGAUUUGCUUUUUAUCCUUUGUGUUGGUGUUUGAAUGGAGCCAUGUGCGUGUUCUUGUAACUCAAACCCCAAGUCAGAUACGAUGCUAUGUGCUUAUCAGUGGGAAGAUACAAAGAUGAUUUUUUAAAGAUAGAAUGAAAAUUGGGUAUAAAGAAAUUGAAUCAGAGACUCAAAGCUGUUGGCUAGGGAUUUCCUAGGUUUCAGAAGAGCCCAGAAGAUUGAGUUUCUCACCCAAUUUUAGGAUGUAGUUUCUUCCAUUGGGCAAGAUACUAUUUCCAGUGCCCUUCCUGGCUUUUCAUCUGUAUGGCUUCUGUGAACUACCACCAAAAUCAGCUUCCUAAAAGGAGAGAGGAUGUGGCUUACUGCUUGCAGUAACUUUUAGCAGCAGAUCAGUUAAUUAUAUUUUUAAUUAGAAAUCUGUGGCUAUCAGAAGGGACUAGGAGGCAUUUUUAUUUACAUGAACCACCACUCUUUGUGUCUGUAGCUAAUACACAAGCCAACAGACCUGUGAUGCUCUGUGGUGGCCAGAGAUGAAGUGUGUUCUUUCUGGGGGACAUUGCAAAUGCCCCUGUGAAAUCAAGGACUCCUGGCCACACUGCCUUGGAGCUGUCCUCCUCUUCAGCUUGGCCUGUGGUCCUGGUCUAAAAACUGAAGUUCACUGGGCCUUUCUCUGUCUGUCUGCCUCUAUCUGUCUCUGCCUCUCUCCCACCCCCAUCUUUCUGUCCCCUUAAAAAAUGAAAACUCUUGUGUACUUUAGUACUUGGAACUUUUUGGCUUGGGAAUUAUUAAUUUACAAGUGACACAGGUUACAACCCUGUUUCAAAUAAUAUGACUUUAAGAAGCCAGUCCAAAUUCUUUUUUUUUUUAAUUUUUUCCCCCUCUAUGUAGCCAUGGCUAACCUGGAACUCACUAUGUGGUCUGGCCUCCAGCUCACAGAGAUCUGCCUCUGGAGUGCUGGCUCAACAAAUCCAAAUUCUUAAAGCCUUUGUCUCUGGUUUCAACUUCAGAUUUUUCUCAUGAAAAUUCUUUAGUCAACAGAAUUGCUCAAAGUGAGAUGGGGAACUAAUAAAAAUAAAUUAGGAACCCCUGAACAGGUUUUAAAUGUUCCCUGACUCAUGGAAAUGUUGUCAUCUUCUGGUGUUCAAACUGCGAGAUGUGUCCAGCUGUCUUAUAAACUGAGUUGACUGGUUGCUAUAGUAAGUUGAUAGGUUUCUUAUUCAGUAGGUUCGGUUUUGAGAAUGUGCUGGAUUAAACAUAAUCCACUUUAUGGUGAUAAAGGGAAAGCAAAGAUUUUCUUUCAUUGACUCUAACUGGCAAAUACUUGGGAAUUUCAAAUUAGAACACUGUUAAUAUAGUUUCAGUGUUUGAGGAAUAAAUUAUCUUUCAUGAGGUCUAGCAGCGUUCAGAUUUUUCAGAUUUUAUUUCAGUGUUCCCUUUCUAUUCAUAUUUCCUACGUUCUGGCCAAUUUUAUUCUGGCCUUUUUGUUUGUAUCUUGCUGUGUAGCCCAGGCUGGCCUUGAACUGGUAAUCCUCCUGCCUGUCUCCCGAGUGUUGGGAUUACAAGCAGCUGCCACUACAUUCUGUCACAUUAUUUGUGUUUUGAGACAUAGUCUCCCUGUAACCCCAGCUGGCUUGGAAUUUGCUCUGUAGACCAGGCUUGGCCUCAAUCUGAGAGAUCCUCUUGGUUUAGCUGGGACUAAAGGUGUGCACCACCCGGCUGUGUCUAUCACAUCCUUUUAUCAUGAGCCAAAGAUGGUGCAUGAAUGACUGACACAUUUAGUCUUCAAUGUGUAAAAUGGAACCCCAUGGAGAAAAUAAGACUGGUGGUGCCUUGUAGGUUAAGUGCCUAGGCUGGGGCAUCCCUGAGAAGGGUUUUCUGAAUUACAAAAGGUACUGUUUUCUCUGUGGAAUAAAGGCUUUCUCUGGGUUGGCCUCUUCUUUGAGGCUUCUGAGGUAGUCUUGACCCUCUGUGUGUGAUAGGAUUUGGGGUAGUUUUCUCUAUAGCCAAAGGGCUCACCCUCCCCUGCCCUUGAGAGCUUUGAUGGACUUGCUUAUUCAAAGUCAGGAAAUAGUCCAUCUUUCUCUUUCUGUGAGGAGAUAGAAGUCAAUACCCUGGAGAGUAACCUUAGGCCCUGGCAGUUCAGUCACACCUGUCCUUCCAAGUAGAGUGCUGAGCUCCUGGAGAGAUUUAAAGUCCAGCUUCUUCACUUAUUGGAGGCAGUAGCUGGUUUUGCCUCCUUUCAGAAUACAAACGUGCUCUUGUAAGGCCCAAAAUGACUGAAUACAUCGCAUAUCAGUAGUUGAACAGUGAGACUUGAUAAGCUUCCCUUCAGUGUUCACCAACUAGUCGUCUGGUGGCCGUGACAGCAUUUUGGAAAUUGGUUUUCCCAUGUGCACUUUGUUUAACUUUA